AUGGCAUUCACAGCCAUUCGAUCCUUUGCUCCUGCUCGUCUCUUCCGCCCCAACAUGUCCAUCUCCACAGGGCUCCAUGCCCAGCGCAAUGUCUCUUUUUCCUCGUAUCUAGUGACACCGAAGGAGCUGAAUGAAGCACUCAAAAAGAACCCACCGACCAAAAUCUCAACGUCCCCGCGCGUGAUUCCUCUCUGCGCAGCAUGGUUCAUGCCGAACGACCCAGAGGGUCGCAAGGGUAUUGAGUCGUUCCGUAACUCACGCAUUCCCCAGGCCCGGUUUUUCGACCUUGAUGCCGUCAAAGACCCAGAUUCACCCUACCCACACAUGCUUCCUACCUGUGAGACCUUUGCUGAGGCUAUGAGCGAGUUGGGGAUUCGUCGUGACGACGAGAUAGUGGUCUAUGACACUGCCGAGCUGGGCAUAUUUAGCGCACCCCGCGUAGGCUGGACUCUGCGUGUCUUCGGCCACCCCAAUGUCCAUAUCCUCAACAACUACCGUCUCUGGGUUCAAGAAGGUCUUCCGACCGAGAGCGGCGAGCCUGCGCCAGUGGAGAAAUCCAAGUACUCCGUCCCGACCUACGAUUCGCGAUUGGUGAUUUCCUUCCGUGAGAUGAAGGAGCUGGCUUUGGACUACGGCAAAGAAGGCGCAGAGGAAGUUGAAAUCCUCGAUGCCCGUUCCUACGGUCGGUGGGCUGGUAUAGACCCGGAGCCGCGCCCUGGCCUCCCAUCUGGCCACCUUCCUGGCUCCAAGAACAUUCCCUUCCAAGAACUUCUGGACCCCGAAACCAAAACUUAUCUCCCUGCCGAAGAUCUGCGGAAGGUGUUUGAAGAGCAUAAGGUGGACCUCAACCAAACGAUCAUCAGCUCGUGCGGCACUGGCGUGACUGCUUCGAUCAUUGAGACAGCCCUGGGUGAGGCGGAAUACGGCGACCCAAAUCUGCGUCGGGUAUAUGACGGCAGCUGGACUGAGUGGGCGCAACGAGUCAAGGAAGCAGAUGGCCUUAUCAAGAAGGUGAAAUCAUAG